AUGGCGGAUGAAACGCCUCAUACCAAUGCUAAUAUCAGUACCAAUGUCAAUGCCAAUGCCAAUGGCGAAGAUGAUGAGCGCGAUCAUAAUCUCACUUUGGGUCGACAACAGUCUUCGGACCUGCCUGCGUUGAUUUCUACGGGAAGGGCUAUUCAGGCUUGUGAUAGGUGUCGGUUUAAGAAGGUUCGAUGCGAUGGCGCGGUUCCAACUUGUGGGAGAUGUAAAACGGCAGGCCUCGAGUGUCUUACCACGGUCAAACUUAACCGCAAGUCUUACCCCAGAAGCUAUACUGAAUCUAUUGAGGAACGCCUACGGCAACUGGAAGCGGAGGUCCAUAAGCUAAGGAUGGGUAAUGAGAACAAAGAUAAGCGCAUUAAGGAACUGGAAGCGUCGGGUGCGAAUGCAUCUUCUCCAAGGCAAGCUGGUUUUCCGACAAUGGCCAAUCGCCCUGAGAGGACCGCUGAGCAACGUUUCGCCAAUAUCCCCAACCAUUCCGCGAAGAAAAUUGGGGAUUCGCUGCUUAGAGUCGAUGUGGAUGAUCAGACGACCGAGUAUCCCAUUCACCAUGUUGUUGACCCUGCGGCGACUUUGACCCCGCUACCUCCUCGUGAAACUGCUGAGCGGUACAUUGAUGUCUGGUUCAAUGCUUGGAGGCAUAUCUUUCCCAUUUUGCAUCGCCCGUCGUUCGCGAAUUCACUCCACCAACUCUAUGAUAGCCCUUCUUCUGAACAUGGACGUCCUGUUCUAGGGAUAUUUUAUCUUAUACUAGCGCUUGGCUGCCGCCACCUUUUCCUCACUGGAGAUGCGACCGGAGGAAAUCCCACUGUGAAGAGCAGCCAGGAGGAUAUUGAAUAUUACAGCAAGUCAUCUAAAUAUCACAAUGAUAUUUUAGCGUUGAAUAGUCUCACUACCUUGCAGUAUCAAGAACUGCAGACCUUGUGGUUUUUAUACACUGGAAAGCGCAGUCUGGCGUUUCAAGUGACUGGGAGUAUGAAUCGCCUCGCGCUUGAACUGGGACUGCAUCAGCACACAAGGCGAUUUAAAUUCGGUCCGUUAGAGACUGAAUUAAGGAAGAGGGUUUUUUGGGUUUGUUAUAUACUUGAUAAGUGA